AUGGCAACCGCACCUACUUUGAUCGGCAUCGCCUCUGCUUUAUGUGUGCUUGGCUUGGGGCUCAUGUUGCGUUCCUCUUGGAGGGCCUCGCUUGCAACUGUUCUCUUGGGUGUCAUAUCGCUCCUCAUCUUCGUCACGGCCCGCCAUCUUCAGCUUCAACAAAACCGACUGAGACGUCCUGUCAUAUUGUCCGAUGUUGCUGCCAAAGACCCUACAAGCCUUGGCCUUUUGAGAGGAGCCUACUUCCUGGUCGUGCUGGGCUCUGGUGGUCAUACGAAAGAGAUGUUUGCCAUGAUGGAGAUCGGCUUCCCAAACGUACCCAGCAUGCAUCGACGCUAUCUCAUAUCCAGCGGCGACUCCAUGUCUCUUAAACAUCUCGAGGCUUUCGAGGGCGACCUCAAGAGCGCUCAUGGAGAAGAGCAAGUCGGAAACUACGACAAAUACAUCGUUGCAAGGGCCCGGAAGAUACACCAGAGCCUCCUCACAACACCCUUUACCGCCUUACUGUCCGUUACCCAGAUAUUUCCGCUGCUGCUGUCGUCCCCAUUCAAGGGCGUAAGAAGCCGCCAACAGUUCCCUGAUGUUAUCCUCACCAACGGCCCAGCCACGGGCUUCAUAGUCGGACUGGUCGCUUAUCUCCUGAAGUUGUUUUACAUCGUACCCGAGGACACGAUGCAAGUUCUUUACAUCGAGUCCUGGGCACGAAUCCGCACUCUCAGUCUGACCGGUAAACUGUUCCACCGCACCGGUAUUGCUGACUUGUUAUUGGUCCAGCAUGAGAAGGUGGCCAAGGCAUAUGGUAUUACGAAUGCAGGCUGCAUGGUGGUAAAGAGGACGAGGUGA